CGACCCAGCCUGUUCGGGAAGCCCGUUACUACCGAGUCACCGUCUGCGCGAGGCGAGUCCGGCCGCCCCCGUCGGCCGUCGCACAGUGCCGCCGCGUCUCCUUCCCCCAAAGCCCCCUUUCCCAAACCCUACCUGCGGGCACCCGCGCGCCUCUCCCGCCUUCCAUUCGCGCCGGCGCUGCUCCCGUACCCGCAAACCCCCUCUCAGAACCCACCGGAAGCAAGCGUAAAAGCGGGGGCAAGGCCGAGAGCGAUGGCCUCGUCGGAGGGGGAGACGAACCGGCUGUGGCGCAUCCGGCGCACGUUGAUGCAGAUGCUGCUCGACCGCGGGUACAUGAUCCUUGAGAAGGACGACAUCGGCCUCAAAAGGGAGGCCUUCAUCGACCGCUACGGCGACCCCGUUCGCCGCGACGACCUCGUCAUCAACCGCUACAAGAAGGACGACCCCGCCGACCAGAUCUACGUGUUCUUCCCGAACGAGCCCAAGCCCGGUGUGAAGACGAUCAGGAACUACGUCGAGAAGAUGAAGCAGGAGAACGUCUUCGCCGGCAUACUCGUCGUGCAGCAGGCGCUCAGCGCGUUCGCACGCAGCGCCGUGCAGGAGGUCUCCCAGAAGUACCAUCUCGAGGUCUUCCAGGAAGCUGAGCUUCUUGUGAACAUUAAGGAGCAUGUCCUAGUGCCGGAGCACGAGCUCCUGACACUGGAUCAGAAGAAGAAGCUGCUAGAACAAUACACUGUGAAGGAAACCCAGCUCCCUAGGAUUCAGAUUACAGACCCAAUAGCAAGAUACUACGGCAUGAAGCGUGGGCAGGUUGUGAAGAUCAUCCGAGCCAGUGAGACUGCUGGAAGAUAUGUCACCUACCGCUACGUUGUCUGAACUGAGCUUCGCUACAUUCUCAUGGCUUGAAACAUUUGCUGCCGCUGAGAAUCAGAAGUACCUUCGGAGUGCCGUGGUGCUUUUCCUGAGUCAUUACGCCUUUUUAGCACUAGAAAUAGAAAUAGUUUUCCUGUAGCUGUAGCUGUGUUCCAUCUCAUUUUAGUGAAUCAUUGUGCUGAUUUGAAGAGGACAAGCUUUGACCUGUCUCGACCUCCACCUCCAGUUGCCAGGAUGCUAUGUUAAUUCAUGCCUUCUGGAGGCAAUUGUUUGUCUGA